AGGCGGCACUCGGCAGUGCUCUGCCCUCACAGAGAAAGGAGGCAAAAGUAAUCUAAGGGGGUUCCGCUUCAUGAGUGUGUGGGCAGAAGGAUCUUCAUCAGAACGACUUUGAAGAUCUGCUUUGUGUGGGGGUAUAAAUGGGUGUGUGGCCCAUAACUUUUUCUCAAGAGACAACUACCAUAAGGGAGUAUAACCAGGUUUUCUCACUGAGAGUGAUGAUCCAGGAACAAACUGUGUUAUUGACUUGUCGGACACUGUGGCACCUUCAGGUCGGAUAGACAAUUUGGGGGACCGUCAUCUACUUUCUGGAUACCCUCACCGAGCCAAGUGGUGGGUAUGAAAGAUGAGUGAUUUUGAAGAAUGGAUUUCUGGGACAUUCAGGAGAACAGAAGAGGGUCCUCUCCCACUGCUGACUUUUGCCACAGCUCCCUACCAUGACCAGAGGCCGGGAACAAGUGGAUUACGGAAGAGCACCUAUUGCUUUGAGGCAAAGCCUUGCUAUCUGGAGAAUUUCAUUCAGAGCAUCUUCUUUUCCAUGGACCUAAAAGAUCGCCAGGGAUCAUCACUAGUGGUCGGUGGAGAUGGGCGGUAUUUUAAUAACUCAGCAAUAGAAACCAUAGUGCAGAUGGCAGCUGCCAAUGGGAUUGGUCGCCUGGUUAUUGGACAGAAUGGCAUCCUCUCCACUCCUGCUGUAUCCUGCAUCAUCCGAAAAAUCAAAGCCAUUGGUGGGAUCAUUCUGACGGCCAGCCACAAUCCAGGAGGGCCCAAUGGAGAUUUUGGGAUUAAAUUCAACAUUUCUAAUGGAGGUCCUGCUCCAGAAGCAAUCACUGAUAAAAUUUUCCAAAUCAGCAAGACAAUUGAAGAAUAUGCCAUUUGCCCUGACUUGAAGGUAGACCUCAGUGUUCUGGGAAAGCAGCAGUUUGACCUGGAAAACAAGUUCAAGCCCUUCACAGUGGAGAUUGUAGACUCGGUGGAGGCCUAUGCCACAAUGCUGAGAAACAUCUUUGAUUUCAAUGCGCUGAAGGAGCUACUGUCCGGUUCAAACCGACUGAAGAUCCGCAUAGACGCCAUGCAUGGAGUUGUGGGACCGUAUGUAAAGAAGAUCCUCUGUGAAGAACUGGGUGCCCCUGCAAAUUCAGCAGUGAACUGUGUCCCCCUGGAGGACUUCGGUGGCCACCAUCCCGACCCCAACCUCACCUACGCUGCUGACCUGGUGGAGACCAUGAAGUCAGGGGAGCAUGAUUUUGGGGCUGCCUUUGAUGGUGAUGGGGAUCGGAACAUGAUUCUGGGCAAGCACGGGUUCUUCGUGAACCCUUCUGACUCUGUGGCCGUCAUCGCUGCCAACAUCUUCAGCAUUCCGUAUUUCCAGCAGACUGGGGUCCGUGGCUUUGCACGCAGCAUGCCCACGAGUGGCGCCCUGGACCGGGUAGCAAACGCCACAAAGAUCGCUUUGUAUGAGACCCCGACUGGCUGGAAGUUCUUUGGGAACUUGAUGGAUGCAAGCAAACUGUCCCUUUGUGGGGAGGAGAGCUUCGGGACUGGUUCCGACCACAUUCGUGAGAAAGAUGGACUGUGGGCGGUCCUGGCCUGGCUCUCCAUUCUGGCCACCCGCAAGCAGAGUGUGGAGGACAUCCUUAAAGACCACUGGCAGAAGUUUGGUCGGAACUUCUUUACCAGGUAUGAUUAUGAGGAGGUGGAAGCCGAGGGUGCGAGCAAAAUGAUGAAGGACCUGGAGGCCCUGAUGUUGGACCGCUCCUUUGUGGGGAAGCAGUUCUCAGCAAAUGAUAAAGUCUACACUGUGGAGAAAGCUGAUAACUUUGAAUAUAGUGACCCAGUAGAUGGAAGCAUUUCAAGAAAUCAGGGCCUGCGGCUUAUUUUUGCAGAUGGUUCUCGUAUCAUCUUCAGACUGAGUGGCACCGGGAGUGCGGGGGCUACCAUCCGACUGUACAUUGAUAGCUACGAGAAGGACGCUGCCAAGAUCAGUCAGGACCCCCAGGUCAUGCUGGCUCCCCUGAUCUCCAUUGCUCUGAAGGUGUCCCAGCUCCAGGAGAGGACGGGACGCACCGCCCCCACUGUCAUCACCUAGAAGAUGGCCAGACAUGGUCCGUCCCUCCAGCCAGGACCCACCCACGACACCUGAUGGAAGAGCGUGGACAGAAAGAGUGCAUUCGCCUGGGCUUUUUAGGACUUGAUUUUUUUUUUUUUUUAACUUCCUACUUGAUGAAUAGCCAUUUGUGAGGCACUGUCCCUGUGUAUGGAAAGGGGAAGACAGACCUGAGGUCUGUUCCUUCUCUUGCCCUCUUGAACUGCUGCUGUGUGGGCCUUUGUCCCCUGGCAUCAGGUACUGUUUACACCACAGUGUAAAGAUUUGGAGGCCGGGGGUCAGCAAGAAGGCCAUCUUCUGUUGGCAGUGUGUGCCCAUGAUGCGGCGGCAGCAACAAGGCCAUCUUCUGCCGAUAGGGUGUGCCCGUGACAUGGUACUGAAGUUCCCGCUCCACUGUGAAAGUCUCCCCAUUUACUGUUUACAUGUAAUCCAACAGAGUAUGGUUUCUGGUGCCUUCUCUCUAAUUAGUUUUCCUCCGAGUGAGACGUGCUUGUCUACAGAUCUCUGGGUUGUUUUGCAGCGUGGUCCCAUCUGCACAGAUAUUUGGGAUAUUAAAGCAGAAUGCACUACUGUU